GCUGCUCUUUGACCUCUUACCACCGCCAUGGAUCCAACUCCUCUCUUUCUCUGCAAAAAUUCUACCCCGUCUUUCGAUGUUGAAUAGGAUUAUUCUGCCCAGAUUUGUAUCUCAUAUCUCGAGAAAAUGAUCAUUUGAUUUUUUGGGUAUCAGAUGCAUUCUUUAGUUGGACUAGAGGUGUGGGCCAUUGCUGCGCGCGGCGGGUCCGAGUUCUAUGACUUUGAAGAGUAUGGCUAGCACAUCUUGUUCGAAAAAGACUCGCUCAGUGGCAGCCGCCAGUUGCGGCCAGGGUUGUGGUCACUCACGCGUCCACAUCCUCAAGUUGAACCACCACCACAUCACCACGCCAGAUAACAGACGCGACAGCGAUGGAUUCUUGUAUCGCGAAUAGCACUUCGCAUUCUCAAAGGCCCUCGGCCAACAUUCACCUCAACGAUACACGGACUGAGCUCUUCGGCGGAAAAUCUCACGGCAAUCAUGAUUUCUCGGUCUCAAUCGUUUCCAGCCCCUCGCUUAGUCGACACGAUGGUGCUCAUCUCGAGCUCGAGCUUACUAGUAACAUAUCAGAAGGAAGAGUUGGCCUCGCAUACUCCGCCCGAGUCCUUCACAACACGGCAGACACGGACUUUCCUGACCUCUGCAUCAAAUUGGUGAAGCCAAAAUACGGCAGGACUUUGGCACGAGAAGCCUGGUUUUAUGAGCAACUUUCUCUUGAGCCAGAAUACGAAGGCGCAAUUACGCCACGUUGUUUUGGGUUCUUCACUCCAGUGACGCGUGUUGAACCUUGGGAAAACAGUUACAUUACGAUCGACCCACCCGAGCCACAUUCUGAUCAGACAGAUGAUUCUGACGAGGAAGAGGAUAUUGAUUGGUGGCUUCCUUACGAUCCUCCAGGUCUUGAUGAUUUCUUCAAGGAUGACGAUGGCCUGAAGAGUGGAUCGUCUUGGAACGAAUGA